AUGGGAAAGUGGUUAGAGCCAUUAGCGGCCCUGGGAGAAAAUGGCCCGAGGCGACGGAUGAAAGUGCGACUCGCAGGACGAAAAUGGAAGGAAAAGAGUAAUUGCUCGUCGUCUCCAGGUUCUUUUCCAUUCCCCUUCUUCUUCUUUUUCAUUUUCCAUCUUCUUUAUCGAAAUAACCGGAUUCUCGCGUCCACCAAUGAAUCAAUCGUUUUGUCAUUUGAACAGAAAGUUGACGAGAAGGAAACUCCCACGGUUCCAUAAAUUAUUCAGAAAAGGGUGAGAAAAACCCUUUCCAAAGAAAAAAUCUGUUCAAAAAAUGUUUUCUGCAGUUUUUUAGGCCGAACAAGUCUUUAAUGCAAUUAAAAACGGCUGUUAGCCUUGAGACCUUCAUGAGAUUAGCCUUAAAACGAACUUUAAAGAAAAAAAUUUGAAAAUUUGAAAAAUUUUCUAAACAUUAUAAUUUAAUUUUUUUGCUGUCACUCAAAAAAAGUAAACUUUUUCGAUUUUUUUACAUUUUAUUCGAGAUAUUGAAGCUUGAAUUUUUCGUGAAACUGGCACGGAAUUCUACUGAAUUUUAAAAAAAAGCUAAAAAAAAGAAAAACUGAAAAAUUGAUGAUAAAAAUGAAACCUGACACGUGUACGAUUCAAAAUAAUUUAUAGUGGAGAAAGCUUUUUUUAAAUGAUAAUUCGACUACCUUGUUUCUACAAACCUCAAAGUUAGGGAGAAAAACACUGAAUCCCAAAAAUUUGAUCUUCAAAAAUUUAAAAAAAUAAUUGUCGUUAGGAGAAUGAGAUUUUUAAAAAAAGCAUGAAGCUAGAAAUUAUUCAACUGUACGUUCAAAAAAAUCAUGCGACUUCAUUUGAAUACAAAAAGUGAAACCUUUAUCUUGAAUGUUAGCUAGAACUGGGCGAUUGAAAUUUAAAAAUAAAAAAUCUUUUCAUAUGACUAAACUAGCCUUGGGAAAAUUUCACAAACGAACCGCAAGAAAUACAAUUUAAGAAAAAACACUGAUAACUGGUUUAAUAUCCUUGAAUUCUUAGAAAAAAGUAAAAACAAAAUGGAGAGCAAAUAUGAGGAUCAGAGGAGGCAACUCGAACGUCUGAAAGCCGAUAAAUUCGACGGGAAGCGAGAUAAACGAAAAAUUGUUGUCCCCCAGGGACAAAUUACAUUUCUCGACGUUGCUUUUUGGCGGCAACCACGAGUCUCAAAAUUUGAUUUAUCUUCCGCUAUCGAGAAAACUUUUUGUAGCCAUGAACAGAGGAAAAAUUCGAACACUCUUGGAAAUCAGUGGGAACUUCUCUCAGAGCACGGCAAAAACAUUUUUUCUUAUUUUGAAAGCGAAAAACAAACGGAAGGAAAAAGAAGAAGCCGAAAAGCCAGGAGCAACGGACGCAAACUAAUUUAUACGGCGUUCCCACAAAGGGCCUCACGAGCUUAUGAAUAUUCUUGCGGAAGAUUUUCGGAACACACAAUUAAAACAAUUUUCGCACUUUACUAAAUAAUCGGCAAAAUCCUGAAGUGGGAGAUUAAAAAAGAAGUGAGUGAAAAGCGGGAAAAACGACACACAAAGUUUGCCUUCCUAGAGCCACUUGAGAUCUCUUCGACACGUUUGAGAAACCUAUUCAUUAACUUUUUGUAUUUUUAUUUGUAUUAAACACUGAUAUAGACGCAGGAAGUGUAACUUGUAAGAAAAUAUAUUGUAAAGGCUUAAUACAAGAAACAUUAAAAUAAUUGGAUUGAAUAACAAAAAGUUUAAAUGAAGCAUUCUAAAAAAAUUAGAGAAUAUUUUUUUCAAAUCAACUUAAAACGUAUAAUAGAUUAAAAACGGAAAAAAAGCAUUGAAAAAUGAAAAAAAAAAUAAAGAAGAGAAAAACGAGGAAAACGAGGAAAAGAAAAAUUUAAAUUUUCGCCAAAACUGAAAAAAUCAAGUGCGCGCCGCUGAGAAAUAGAGUCGCUUUUUUUCAAAAAAAUUCCGGCUUUUUUGAGACUUUUUUUCGCUUCUUUUUUUCUGUUUUUUUAAAAUAUUUCAGGCGGUUCUUGUCUUCUAAAGUUAUAUACACUUCAAUAGAGCAAGAACUUCGAUUUUCAGACACAAAAACAGUGUUCAAUUUUUUUACAAGCCAGACAAAUUUCGUUUUCAUUUUUCUGUUUUGAUUGCACGCUGUUUUUUAUUCUUCAAAAGUUUUUCAAUGUUUGAAUAUGUUAUCAUCGUUUUUCUUCUCACUGAAAACUGUUUUAUUUACUUUUUUUUUCCAUUGGUAGUCGAUUAUUAUGAGUAUUUGGUAGUUUCAAACUUGCCUGCAAGAUAUUAUUUCAGAGAACUCGAUAUAUAUGGACGGUUAGUAUGGGAGACUUUGUAGAACUCCUAGAAGAUGGAGAAUCGGCUUCUCAGAGGGUCGCCGACGCGUUGAGAGAUGCCCGAGAAGGAACAACCUUCGACGUGAAAGUCAAGGCUUUGGCUGCGGUAAGUUUGUGAUUUCAUUAUGAGAUCUUUUUUGUCUGUUUUUUAGGCUAUGCAAAUCUUGGUGGAUCCGGUGAGACCGAACCACUUGCUUGACAAUUUUUUGGACGAAAUGCUCGAGUUUGGCGAACUUCGGGAGGCUCGUGUCAUGUGUUUGAUUGUGGAUUUUCUUCAAAAGGCUUGGUUGGUAUUGUUCUGAAUUUUCAAAUUUUAUGCCCAGAAUCUUUCAUAAAAGGGCUUAAAAAUCGUUUUCAGUGCAAAAGACCCGGAAAUUUGUCCCAAAGCCCUGGAUCGACUAACUUUUUACUUGACACACGAUACAAGUGUCCCUAAAUAUAUUCGAGUCGUCAAAAGAGUAAGUUUUUUUUUUCAUUUUCUGUCUUCAUACGAUUUUUUAAGGUAAUAGUGGCCUGCACAAACUUGUACCCAAUAAUCCUGGAAUGGGUCGUCAAAAGGAGUCACGCCCCUGUGGUUUGCCUUUUCAAAUAAAUAAAUACUGGAAAAGGUUUUUUUAGGUUGAACAAACUUGGGAAGCCUUUGGACUACUGAAAGGCCGAAUAAUGCGGCUUAUAGACUCUGAUAAUGACGGGUGACUUUUGUAUAUUUUAAAAGUUAUUUCGGGACGUUUUUAGAGUUCGAACAGUUACUUUGAAGUUCUUGGAAAGUAUGAUAUUGUGUCAAUCGCCGAAACCGAAAGAGGUUUGUUAAAGGAGAAAAAAUGCUUUUUUUCUUUGAAAAUGUUUGAUAAAAUUUGAUUUUAACCUUCCGAAAAGUAAAAAAAAACGACGAAAAUUUUUUUGAGAGAAAAUUUUAUCGAAAGAAAAAAAUCGAUGGAGGUGUUAUAAUGGGCAAAAAAAAUGUUAAUUCAACUGAGUUAGUAUGUAAAGUUUUUCAAAAAUCUGAAUCUUUGUUUAAAAUCUUCAAAAAAAUAAAAAAAGGUGGUAAAAGUGUUUAAAAAAAUACUUAAUUUUUCUCAAUAUAUUUUUCAAAAAAACCAUCAAAAAGUCAUAUAACACAAAAAAAUUAAAUUAGAGUUUUCGCAAAAAAACAUUUCCCAUUUAUAGUCUUAUACUAAGUAUAUAGUGAUUUAGCAGUUGCGAAAGUACAUCGAAACGUUUAGAUUACAUUACCGUUUCUCAUUCGGUUUGUAUUUCGAAGCUCGAGUUGUGAAGUAUUAACACUGUUUUGUUUGUAACUUCUAGUUGCUCCCAAAACAUUCCCUUUUUUUCAGGAAGUAGUUCACCCCAACGCGCCGCCUGUCACAAACGAACUGAAUACUCGGUUUUCGCGAGUCUCCCUGAACGAUGUUCCGCGUGGACACCGCUUCAUCUCCUUCCGAAAAGCUCAGACAGAAGCUGAACAGAAUUUCUUGGCCAUGAUCAAGCAGACCACGAUCAUGCACAUUUCGGCCCAGGUUUGGCGAAAACGAAAUUUUAAGUAGGAAAAGGUAUAAAAGAGUCUCUCGUACUGCUAUAAAUUUAAGAAAAAAGUGUAACUUUUCAAUUAUAGUAAUUUCUGUCAUUAGCGUAUCGAAAACAAAGUUGAUUUUUUCGUUUUCUUUUGAACUUAGAUCCCUGUUUCUUAAAGAAAGGUCCCAUUUUUAGUUUAAUGUAGAAUUUUUUCUUCAUACAGAAAAAGAGAGAUAGAAAAUUUUUUAGAAAAGAGGCUCACCUUGAAAUUUUUAUGAUUUGAUGGUCUUUUUCAUUUUUUUGCAGUACAGCUUCUACAGAAAAGAUGCCAAAAAACGCAUUUUUGUAUGAAAUUCAUUUUUCUGUAACUUUCUGAAGUUGUUAUAGCUGCUAUUUGUAAGACUCUGUAGGAUUUCCAUUCGCAGUAAAAAAAAAACGUAGCUCCAUGAAGUUUCAAAAAGAUUGAGCUCCAUACGAGAAAGUUUUCAUAAAAAAUGCGCUUUUUUGUGUUUUCUCUGAUCGAAAUGUACUUCCAAGGGAAGUCAUUUUAAUUUGCUGUUGGGAUUUUCUGAAAAUUGGCCAGAAACUCCUUGAUGUACCAGAAGAAGGUUCUGAAACUCAAUCUGCAAAACGUCCUCGUUUUUGAGAGAAAAAAACGUGGAAGAAAACCCUCAAAAUUUAUAAAAUAGGCAAUUUUGAGGAUUUCAGCUCUCAUUUCUUGAGAACUAGGAAGUCGUGCAGGUUUGAAUUUUCACAAAAAAAAGAGAUUUUCUGGCCAAUUUUCAAGGAAAUCCCAACCGCAAAGUGAAAUGACUCCCCCUGUUGAGCAAGUUCAUUCAAAAAAGGUAACAUUUUCCAGAACCUGCUCACGGCGGUCGACGUCCUUUGUAUGGUCGCGAGGAACCGCCCAAACUGGGACAACGCCCUCCACAGAGUCGUCGAAGCCAUGGAAAUCCUCCACGUCAACCUUCCCCCAACACUUGGAACCAGUCAGGUUCCGAAUCAAGAAAGAUCUGACCUGAAUUCAAACCCAAAAUCCAGGUCAAAUCGGUCCGAAAAGAGCUGAAAAGAAACCUGAUGCGAUUCCUGAAACUUCCGGCCGCCGUCCCUUUUCAGAGCAAAAUCUCGACUCUUCUCGUCUAUCUCGGAUCGAAUCCUCACGUUUUCAUUGAAUUAUUCGAAGAGAUUUGUAUGAAAUUGUUCAGGAAAUCAGCAAAGCGAUUCCGGCGCACUUGGUUCCGAAGGUGCAGAAAAAAGCGGCCGGGGAUGAUGGACCGCUCCCUGCAAAGAGGGCCAAGCACGAUGAAGGUGAGAAAAAAAGGGAGAAAUUCUGAGAAAAGUUUUUCUUCUUCUAUUCAAUAUCGAAAAUCUGGAAAAAAAUAUAUAUUUACUUAAAAAUUAGAACUUGAUAAGUUCUUUCUAUGAAGUCGGACCAUUACUGAUUAAACUACCAUAAAAAAAAUUUUACCUUGGCUUCACCAUGAAGAAAAAUGUUUCUUUACCCUUUUAGAGACAAAAAAUAGUUUUUGAAACAGAAAAAGAAACUAUGCCCGACAAGGACCUUUCUUGGAAUUUUUUCCGAUUUUUCCCUUCUGAAUAUAGUCUAAAAAAAUUUGUCAUAGUAAAAAAACGGAAAAUUGGUUGAAAUUAAAUGAAAAAAAGUGUAUCUUAGACACUGGAGAAAUUGAUAAAAGUUUACUUCUUAUUUAAAACUGAACAGUCAUUUUCCUUGAAACGAAAACAAGAUUUUUUUAAAAAUUUUUCUAUUUAUAGCGUCUUUUUUUCCAUAUAACUUCUCUAAAAGUCGUCGUAAAUGCAUUUUAACAACUGCCUUGAAUGAAAUUCAAAAAAAAAUGUAUUCUAGACGCAAAAAAAAUAAUUGAAGUUUUUCUUCAAACUGAACAAAUACUAUCUCUGAAGCGACAAAAUCGAAGUUUUUCGAAAUAAAACGAGAUUUUCGGGGCCUUUUUUUCCUAGUUAUAACGUCUUUUUUCGCUCUACAACUGCUUUAAAAAAUGAAGCACUGUAAGACCUGACUAUCCAAAUUUGAAAAAAAAAAAUGUACUUUUAGUCAGAAAAGGAAGUUAGAAAAACUUUUUCUUUAAAUGAACUAUUAUUUUUAAGCCAAAACAUCGGUUUUGUUCGACGAAAAUGAGAUUUUUGAAAUACUUUCUAUUCAUGGCCUCUUUUUUUCUAUAUAACUACUCCAAGAGUCGUCGUAAAGGCACAGUAACAACUGUUUGGAAUAAAAUUCAAACAAAAAAAAAAAAAGUAUUCUCAGACAGAAAAAAAAGUUAAUAGUUUCUUUCAUCGAAAUGAACAACUUUUUCUCCUGCAGCGAAAUCAUCGGGUCUGUUCGACGAGGACGACGAAGACGAGGAGCCGUCGACGUCCCAACCCGCCAAGUUGAACCACGAAAAAGACGCGGUCCUGACGGCCGUCGACGUCACGUCGCAGUACGUCUUCGAGCGGCUCAACACCGAAGUCGUCAUCAAACUCGUCCUCAUCUCAUUGGUUCGUCGCGACGUCUUCUGAGAAGAAGUAGAAUGCGUUCAUGGGAAAAAGAUCCCGUUUUGUUUAUUUUAGUAAAAAGAUCCAAUUUUCAACAUUUUAUUUUCUAUUUUUGCAACAUUCCAAAAGUGGCUAAUUAGAAGGCAAGGCUACACAAUAUUUCAAGAAAAGAAACAGGUCUAACUGAAAAAAUAGGAGCAAAAUAGCGGCUCAAAAAAUCCUUUAGCAAAAAAAGUAUUUUUUUUAAGAGAUGAAAACGUUGCAAUUUAUGUAAAUGAUUCAUUCCGAAAGCAACCUAAAAAUCAUACCCAGUUCAAACAUUCUGUUCCUCUAAAGCCUUCAAAUGCGUUUCAGAUGACGUUACCCGAAGAAAUGCCUCCCACUUUCAGUUCAAGUUAUACACCUAUUGCGGCUGCUGGAACGGAGGUUAGUUUCGAAGGAUCACAUUGAUAAUUUUAUGUACAACUUGGAAUGAUCCUUCCAAGAAGCAGUAAAGUCAGUAUAGCUUGAUUUUAGGACGUCUUGAUGAAAAUUCGUGGAAAUAUCAAUAAUAACUAGUUCUUAGUAAAAGCUAUUAACAACAUAUUUCAACUAAUUUUUUUGAAAAAAAUUUUUGAAAAAAAUAUUUCCUUCCGGUAAGGAAAUAGAUUUUUUUCAAAAAAAUAUAGAUUGAAGAACUUUUUACUCAAUUUUUUUAGACAUUUUUUUCAAAAAAAUGAGCUUUUUGAAGUAAGAUUUAAAGCGGAAAAAUAUUUAUCAGCAUUAAAAUUGUAUCGAAUAUGAUCAGAAAAAAAGUUUUUUUAAACUGGCAGGAGUGGUAGAAAAAAAGUAACGCAAGUUUUUUUCAGAUUUAUUUUUUUCAAGUUCUCAUUUUUUUAAAAUAGCUAUAAAAAAAUUUUAUUAUGGACAUUUCGUGUUCAAUUUGAUUCCGCGAAAUGCAAAAUGAUCUCUGACUCUCCAAAAAUUUAGUGAUAUUUUUCCUUUCUCUAACAUAAGUAACGGGUAUUUUGCAUUUCGCGGAAUCAAAUUGAACUCGGCAAUAGAAUAAAUUUUUAUUUUUUUGUUUGAUACCAACUCAGGAAGAUUUUUAGAAUCUUAAAACCCACAUAACUUUUUUUAUUACAGUUCUGAAAGCUCUAGAAAAAAAUAAAUAAAGUUUUUCCAGGAACAAAGACGAGAUUUAUCUCGAAUGAUGGCCACCCAGGCGACGCAGGCCGAGGUCGGACCGGGCUUCGAACAGGUCAAAAAGCUCAAAAAAGAACAGUUCCGGGGUUUUCUCACAACAUUUCUAACUGAACUUCAUCUUCUCUCAAUUUGAAGAACGACAAGAAGCCCGGAUGGAAGGAUUGGCCAUCGCGCCGACGCCGCAACACUUGCCAACGACGAUUUUGUCCCGAAAGCCGCCCCAAGUCCCGUUUGGCGCCCUGCCACCGCCUUCGGUCAGAAAAGAGCUUUAAAAAUUCAGCUUCAGAGCAAAAAAAAGUCAGAGAAAUUUCAUUUUUCAAUUAGCAACCUUUUAGUAGAACUUUUCUCAUCUUUUCAGGAGUUUAGAGCGUUUUCGCCCUUAAAAAUAAACCAAGUUCGGUGCUUGGUUUUUUUUUUUCGAUAGUUCUCAAGAAAGGAGUCUUCUUUCUUUGAAAAAUAUCAUUCCAUAAUACUUUUGGAACCUCCACCAAUGUGGAAAAAGUUUCGCCCAAAGAGUGAAAAACUCAAAAUAUCUGAUUUUAUGGAGAAUUUUUUGCGUGGUGUUCACGGUACACAUUAUAUGAAAAAAAUAAAGUUCUGGCUAUAACAUAAAUUCGGAACAGCAAUGUUGGUUCCAAUUUGAUCUUUUUAUCUGAAGUUCAGAAUCAUUAGUUUUAUUAUUCACACGAAAUACGAUUAAAUUGUUGAAAAUUUUUCCAAAAAUUAUUUUUGAUGAAAAUUCAACAAUUGAAAAAGUUACGUUUGAAGAAUUUAUAAUAUUUGAGAACGUCUUUAUUUGAAAGGAUACAAGACAAACAAAGUAUCUUUUCGAUCAUUUGCGGGUUUUUAGAGAGUUUGUGAAACUUAUUUCUACCUUCCAAGUUGGCUAAAAGCUGAAAUCAAUGAAAGAUCUGAAUUUGAAAAUAUUUUGAGACAAUAAAAAAGCUUUUUAUUGUGGAUAAUUUACUUUGAAAAAUUUGCUGUGUGCUAGAAUUAUUUUUUUGUAUGCCAAAAAAAGAAUUUUUUUAAAUUCUGAUAAGGGCUUCGUUUCUAGAAACUCCGCUAAACCGUGUCAUCUUUCAAUUUCCAGAGCGCCCCAGUGCUGAAAUCGAAAAAAGCUCUGAAUCUGAUAGAGGAAACGAAGGAACUGACCUCCGAGGAAAUGGAUCAGCUCUUCGAAUGCGCCUUCGACAGCGUUUUGAGGGCCGAAAGUUGGUUUUUAUGGAAAUGAGACGACAUGUAAUCAUUAAAAAUUCACGAAAAAAAUAGUUUAGAAAGAAUUUUUGAAGCGGGAAAUCGAGUUUCACUUAGUUUUUGGAGCAUCUUGAAAUCGAAGGCGAAUUUUACGUCUUCUAACUUUAACAUAAGUUUUUUUCAUCCCUUUUUUUAUUUGAUGAAACUUCCUUCAAUAACUCUGAGGAAAAUAGUUGAACCUUUGAAAACGAUGGGAAAUUCAAUUUUUCUCAAGUUUAUCACAAAAACUUCUAUCUCUGAUUUUGAAAAGGUUUUUUCUGACUUUUCCCUCCUCAGGAAGAGUGGUCCAAGGCGGCGCCACGUUGAUCUACCAACAGUUGGUCGUUCGGCUGACGUGUCGUUUCCGAGAAGACGCCGAGGCUUUCGAGAACCGAUUGGUCGCCUUCAUCGUCGAGGACCACAAGAAAAGAACGGAUCUUGCGUUAUUGUGGCUCUCCGAGCUGUACGCUCAGUAUCAAGGGUUCGUUGGAGCAUAAUAAUAGUUUAUUCACUGCCACUGAUUCAGCAUUAGAAAAUAUUAGAAAGUAAGUUAUCAAUAUUGGAUGGGCAGAUGAACAAGGGGUCAACCCUAACGAGUUGAAAAAUGAAUUAGUUUGUCUUAAACCUGAGCAAUAAUGAAGGAGGUUUUGUAUGAAAUUUCAAUCGUGUACUGUUGUGUUUUUUGUAACGAUCUUUUGACUCUCUCAGUGUUAGUUAUAUAAGGUUUAUCUUUAGAUAAUAUCAAUAUACAAUCGAUAAACUAUAGAAAAACUCUGGUUACCAACCGAAUAUUGGGGUAAAAAUUUUUUUGGCCAAUCAAUAACUUCUAUGCAGAAGUAAUGUACGGUAGCGCGCACAAUAGUUCUGUGUAUAUUUUCUCUGAGAAACUUUGGAGGGAUUCCAUAGGGACCCUUUAAAUAAAAAACCUCUGUAGGGACUCCUCAGAAACUCCUCAGUCCCGCAUUCCACAACAUGUCCUCGGACACUGGAAACGCGAAACGGACGUGCGCCGGACGUUUCUGGCCGAUUCUAGGGGUCAAUUAAGAGCGCUGAGGCUACUAAAGUGGUCACUAGAAAUGCCCCGACAAGUCCGAUUCGUGUCCCGUUCGCGUUACCAAGGUCCAAGUCCUAUUUUUAAAAUUAUUCGAAGUUUAGGCUUCUUUUGGUUUCAAUAUCAAUUUUCAGUCGAGUUCUGAAAAAUAAAGAAAAACGGAUAAUUUUACAUUAUUCAAAGUAUAAAAUCUAGUUGAUAAGGGUAGUUAAUCAGAUAUUCGUGCUGCACGACUUGGCUCCGCGAGCAAAUCGAAGGAGCCGACGGACUGACGAGGACGGCGCGACUGGAACGUUACGACAGAGUCAUGUGCGAACUUCUGAAAGCUCUGAUGGAGAAGAAGUUGCACAUGGAAGCGUUCGUCUUUUCCAGGAAAAUCCGAAGGAAAAUGGGAAUUUUCCAGGCUUUUUCACAAAAUGCUUCUGGAUUCGCCGCUGGUGACGUUGAACGCCUUGGAGUACUUGAAAACCGUUUGUCUUGAUAAGGUGAUUUGGAGUUUUUGAAGAGGAAUAAUGGAUGAACAAAGGGUUUUUCUGAUUUUUACGUUUUUUUUCUUUUAAGUUUGGAAAAGAUGAUCUCAUCGUGGUUUUACUGAGCGAAAAUCUAAUAUUGUUUCUUUAAAUCUACUUUUCGAAACGGGAGUUAAUACCAUGUUCGAAGUAAUUUCCGCGAAAUUUGAACUUAUCUCUCACUCUCCAAUAUUUAGUCAUCUUUCUCACUUUCUAACUGUUUUUUUUUGAAUGUUGAGGCAUAAUUUUUAACAUGUCGUAAGGUUUAGUUAGACCGGUAAAUAGUUGAAAUCCAACCAAAAAAGACGUUUUUGAGAAUAUUCAAGUGUUAACUUAUUUUUCAAACUUUUUAUUGGAGGACAUAAAAUAGUUUUUUUCACAUUUCAUCAGUUUUUUGCUACAAAAUGAUGGAAAUUAUUGAGGUUUUUCUUCAAAUUGUCAGCGGAAAAUAAAAUAAAAUUUAACCAUCUUUGGAACAAAUAUUUUUUUCAAAGGUGUUCAUAUUUUUAAACAUUACAGGAUGAAUUCGUGGAUUUUUUCCAUUCGAUGAGUUUCACUGAUUUUUUGAAUCAAAUUGAUUACCGAAAGUUAAUUUUGCAGGUCGGCGGCGCUUUUGGAAUGACAACCCUCCGAGAACUCAUCCUCACGAGAAACCGACAACGCGGCGAACUUCUCAACUUUUUCUUCAACCUUUCUUUUCUCGAUAAACCUGAGGUUCUGAAUUUUCUUUGUCUUAAUUUAGUUGAGAGGAAAAUAGAAGUUUUGAAGUGAUUAAUUUCUUACUCUUGAAAGAUGUUGAAACCUUUUUUUGAACGCAAAAAGCUAGCGUUUUGGACCUUUUCCUUUCUGUUUUGGAAUAACGACUGGUUUUGGCUCUCUUGACCUCAAAUUUUUUCAAAAAGCGCUCCCGAGCAUUUAUAAGAACACUUAUCGAUAAACCUGAGGUUUCCAAUUUUCUAUUUAUAAAAUUUGAUUGUGAGGGGAAAAUUGGGCAUGAAAAUACCUAAAUUUAGAGUUAAACAUUUUUUUUUUUCGUAUUUUGCUUCAAAAAAAUAUCUUCUUUUGUUUUUGUUUUUCGUUUAUGAGAAUCUUUUCACAAUGAGUUGAAAGUUCUCCUUUUUUCAGCUCCGAUCAGCUUGCGUCGACACGGCGAAGGAACUCUGCGCCCUAGCUCAUUUGAGGUCUCCUUUUUCCUUGAAUUUCAGAAAAUAUUCCGCUAUUUCCAGAAGAGCCCUGACUGAGAAGGCGAAAGAACAACUCCAGGAAUGUCUUGAGCCCGUGCCGCCAGUGUACUUCAGAAACCCAGAAUCGGUAUUUUUCGGAAAAUUGUUCAAAAAGCGCAUCGAUAAAAAUAGAUCAAAAUUUUUAGGUGAUCGAGAAAAAUAUUUUGAGAUUAAGGGUCAGAAAAAAAGAGGACCAGAAGCUUUUAAAAAAAUACUCUUUGUCACAUCUUUGUUUUUCGAAGUCUCAAGUUUUUAUAAUUUUUUUCGAUUUAGGACAGAAACCCCCGUAUUUUUCGAGGCUAAUCAUUUUCACAAAGACUUUAUUUCUUGACGAAAAGUGUUUUUUUCAUGAAAAAAAUUUCAUUUUUUUCAGAAAAGAGAAUGGUUUUUCAUUUCGAGCCUUAACUUUAUUAAAAUAGAAAAAAAGUUACAAAUUCAAAUUGGGAUAAUAGAAAUUAUGAUUUUUUUAUGAACUUUAGAGGGUCAGGCCCCUUUUUAUUAGAAACUUCAUACGCAGUACCCCCGAAAAAAAUGUCCUGAAACGUGGAAAAAGUCGACUUUUUCCAUUUUUAAUUACUGCGUUUUACGCGUAAAAAUAAAUAAAAUUUGUUUGAAAAUGGAAUAUGAUGUUUUGCAGCCCAGCGAGGAUUGGACAGAGGACAUUUUCCGAUGCGCGUUGACCCUUUAUUUGGGAAUCAUGCCCUUCGAUCCUUCCCUUCUUUUGCCCCUGGCUGACGUCUAUGCCUAUGGAACGACCACUUUCAAGAAGGUUUGGGAAAGAAAAAUGAAGAUUUGGGUCUCCGAAAAAUGGAUAUUCUAAAAGGAAAUUAUUUUUAGUUCGAUGGUUAAGUGACAUUGAUUGAUUGAAAAUUGAAAAAACUCAAGUUUUCUUUCAAAAAAAAGGUUAUCUAAACUUCUGCGAAUAAGAACCUUUUUUUGGAGAAUAGACUAAACUCGGGCAAAGUUGGAAUAGUGGAUAAUGGCCGCUGAAGGGGAGAGGCUAAAAAAAGGCCUCAGAAAGGCAGCAAAAAGCAGCAGAAAAGAAGCCUUUGUCACCCUAAAAGGAACAUUUCUAUGUAGCUUUUUUUCCACCCUUUCCGACUCCGCUUAUGAAAUUUGUAAAAAUCGAUCUUUCUCACAAAAAAAAACAGAAUAAGAAUCCUUUUUCCGAGUCUUUUAUUUCUUCUAGACUCUCAAAGAUCUUGAGAAAUGGUGGGAAAAGGGAGAGGCAGCAAAAAUGGUUCAUAAGAGCCGAUAAAAUGGCGCAAAAAGGCAGCAAAAAAGGGGUUUUUUUUACCCAAAAAGGAGUCUUUUGGGACCCUUCCGACGUCGGCUAUGAAAUUUGUUGAAUUUUGUUCGAACUUCCCUUCAAAAAAAAAAGAAGAAAAAUUGUUUCUGCAGAAUAUAGAAGAUUUUUUUCGAAAAUGUCUAGUUUUUUUACGAUCUCUGAAUAGAACAACAAUAAAAUUUGGAAAUUUCGAUUCAUUUCCAGGUAGUUCUCCGGUCAAUUGAGCCGGCAGUGAAGGCGAUCGGAAUGCGGGACGAACAAAUGUUGCGAUUAGUAGAAGAAUGUCCCGUCGGGGCUGAAACUCUCGUCGCAAGGAUUGUUCAUUUACUGACUGAAAGAGGUAGGAAAGAAGAUUCGUUCUGUUUUUGGAAAAAUUGAGGAAGUUUGAUCGAGAAAUGGAUCUUGAAAUUGAGCUUAAAGGUGGACUUUCUGUUUCAAAAUGAACUUAGAAUUCAAAAUCUAGUUUUUCAUUGCUAGUCCCCUAAUUAAAAAAACCAAAAAAACCUUUCUGAGAUCCAAUUUUUUUCAAAUUUUUUUCUCUAGCGGGUAUUGUUUUUAAAAAUUAUCGAUAAAUAAACUGGAAAAAAAUAGGGUUUUUAAAAUUAAAAUUUGCAAUUAGUUUCGAUGGAGCUCAUGAAACAUCUAAAAUUCUUCUCAUGCUCAUUUUUUUGCUGAUAUAAUUUUUUUCUGCGUCAGCAAAUUUUGUUAUCUUCACCAUGAUAUUAUGCCAAAAUCAGUUCUUGAUGCAAAAUCACGAUUUUUCCUACUUUUUGUAGUCAACAUUUUUUAAAUUAACCCAGAAGCCAUCAAAUUUCAAUUUUUCCUCGAAAAAAUUCCUUUCUUUUGAAAAAUUUGAAAAAAUAACUGUUUCUAGCCCCUGCGAUCCCUGAGUUGGUCGUCCGUGUGAAGAGGUUACACGACGAACGAAGAACGGACGUUCGAGCCUUGAUUCCGAUCAUCGGAGGUCUUUCCAGGGUUCGUUUUGAGCUUUUUGUAGACUUCCUUUCUUAUGAACUUGGCUUCUAAUUCGUCUAUUUUCAAAUUAAAAGAUGAGAAUCGUUUAGAAUAUACAUCGGCUGGAUCCCACCCCAGUCUUUUGCGCGCGAAAAAAAAAAUGUACUGGAAUAGGCCGUACUUUUCGGGGGUGGGAUCCAGCCGACGUAUGGUCUAGAAUAUUCUCCUGUUUCAAUUUUUCAACUUUACUCAAUAUUCAAUCUCUCAAUUGUUCUUGAACACAUCAAUUUCUACAAGUCUUUCUCAUCUUUUCGUCCAGGACGAGGUCGUCACCCUUCUCCCACAAUUCGUCCUCCGAUCCGAGUAUCAAAAAUCGGUGGCUUUGGUUUUCCGGCGGUUGUACAAUGCUCGAGGUAGGAAAUGAAUGAGAAGCACAGAAAGAAGACAUUUUCUUCCAGAUAUGACAACUGGAGACCCUUGUUUCGCCGUCGAUGAUCUCAUUGUUCAGUACCAUCUCAUUCAGCCGCAAAAUGAGAAAGAAUUGAAUCUCCAGGCGGAAAGUGAGUGAAAACGAAGAGAAAGGAUGAAAUAAAAAUAUUCUCCCAAAAAAACUCCAGGAAGGAAGGAGCUUUCUAGAUUUUUCCUUUUUAAUCUCACUGCAGAAUUUCGAAUACCAAGUCGUUUGCUCAAGUUCCGCCUCUAAUGGCGCAAACCAAUCAGAGAACGUUUUAGAAUGACGUCAUUGAAUUUCACAUCAAAAAUCUGAAAAGACUGUACCAAAUUCUCACGUCGAAGAGGUCUUAUAGGGUCAUAACGGCUUGCUUUAAGAACUGUUUCCUAUCACAUUUAUUUUUUCGGUAUCAUCAACAAAAUUCGAAAAAAUCCCAGGUAUACGAGAAGUGCUGGAUCCCCGUUUCGUGACGAAAGAAGCGGCCGCAAAAGCGGUUGAGAAACUUUUUGAGUCGCGUCCUUUGCCGCAAAUCUUCAUGAACACGCUCGUUUGUAUCCAUGAGAAGGUUCGUUGAAGCGCGAUUAAUUCGAAUCAAUCGUCGAUCUUCGAUUCUCAGUUUUCUUUUUAUAGUUUGGUGAUCAAAGAAUCACGUUCAGAUUUCCAAUAGUUCUGCAAAAUAUUUCGAAGUUUACGGUGAUUUCAGUGGUUUUUCUUAGGAAGAAGGCAAUUUUUGAUUCACAGCUUUAUCGGUAGAAUUUUCCAAACUUGGAGCUGCUUUUCUUUCUAAGAAUACGUUGGAAAUUAUGUGAAAUAUUUGAAAGAAUCAAAGUUUUUCGUUCUCAACAACGUUUGGGCGGCUUUUAAAGCAAUACAUUUGAAAAAUUAUUUUUAGAGAUUUUACAAAAUUUAGAGAAUUUCUUGGAAGUUUUGAACAUUUUGAAUAGGUCAGAGAGGCAUUUAACGGCAUAGAAAUUGGUCAAUUGAAAAUUUCCAAUAAGCUUCCUGACCAGAGACAAGAUGAAAGGGAAUAAAACAAUAUUUGAAAUUGGUCAGGAAAAUUUUUUUCAAAUGUUAUUUAAACUUGAUUUUUUUGAAAUGUAGUCAGUCACGAUGCUUUUUUCUGAAGCACCCCAGCAAUAUAUACAAUUUUUUGUUUCGUUAGCCCAAUAAGUAUUCGAACCGCUUUUUUUCAGUUCUCGCAACUGGAGAGCUUCUUAACGAAUCUCUUGCAAAAGCUGGUUGCCAGGAAAUUGUGGCAACACAACGAACAUUUCAAGGAAUCUUUCUUCUUCGCCGUCAUGAAACUCAAGGAUAUCGUUUACGGGGUUUUCAGCUUUUUCGAAUAAUUGAACGCAAAAUGGAUUUUUCCAGGCCGUCUUGACAAACUUCACUUACGAGGAGUUCACCGAGUUGGUUCAAUCACAGGGCGAAGUGAGUUGAAGAGAAAACAUUUGAUUAAAAUAGAACUUCGAUUAAUCGAUUUUUUUUGAAAAUUUGGCCAAUAGGGUGAUAGAUCAGAAGCGGUAUGAAAUAUGGUGGGAAAGCGUUUCUUGCUCUUUUUUUAUUGAGGGAUGAGAUGGCCUGAAACUAGCCGGUAAUCCAAUUUUUUUCCGGCUCUUUUUACUCUGAUUUUAUUAUCGGCUUCAUGAAAAAGAUCAAUUAUCUUAUGAACACAUUUUCAAUGUGACCGAUAGGAAUAUUUUUUUCUGUUUUCAGAAAAAAAACGAAAAAAAAUCAUUUUUAAACUUGAUAACAAAGCAAGAAAAAAGAAAAAGGAAAUGGCUCAAAUAAAAAAGAAAAAAAGACGAUAUAAACAAAUUUCCAUAACCCUGAUAAUUAAAGUUUUUUUCUUUCUGAAACAGAUUUAUUUUUUUGAAUUUUGUAGCAAAUUAUGUUUUCUUUCCAGCAGCCUAGGUCUUUUAAACUAUAGUUUGUUUUUUUCAAAUUUCCUUGAAAAAAAUUCAAUUUUUUGGGACGAUUUCACAACCGUGAAUUCAAAUUUUUUUUUUCAUUUUAAGAACUUCAAUUUCCUCUUAUCAUUUUGGUCAAAAACUAGAUUUUGUUCAUUUUUUUCGAUUUUCAGGAGAUUCUCAACGAGCUCAAGGAGUUCUUCCCGACCAUGUCGACGGCUCAGCAAAAAAGCAUGGAGUCCGUUUUUUUUUUUUUUGGAUGAAUAACCAUUGUCUAGUUAAGAACAGUGCAAUGCUAGUAUUUUUUUGAACAAGUUGUCGAUUUGAAACAGGGAUAGUUCAGAACAAUAUGUGUUAUUUUUGCGAUUUUCAGUCAAGAGAUCAAGGAUGUCGUGUGGGAUAAGGAGCGCGAAGAGCGGGAAAAACGCGAACGAAAGGAAGAACGACGGGAGAAGGAGCGACUCGAACGCGAGCGCGACAAAAAUCGCGACAAGGACCGCGAACGCGAGAAAGAACGCGAAAAGGAGCGCGACGAUCGCAGAUAUAAGGUCUUUUUUACCGGAAAAAAUAAAGUCAUGUAACAAAAUUAGAAAAAAAGAACAUGGCAAAAACUUGAAUUUGGAAAAAGAUCAAAAUAUCAAGUCAUCCUUCUCUUUUAAAAACUAUUUCCGCUCCCAGAAAUUUAAAUUUUUUUCUCACUUUGCAGAAGUUCACGCAAAAAAAACGAAAAAACAUUUUUUCAAAAAUCAUUCGAGAAAAAAAAAUAGAUUUUAGUGAAAUUACAACUUUUUCGAAAGAUAAAAAAAGCAAAAAAAUUAUUUCUAGAGAACGCUUUCUACAAUAAAAACUGAAUGAAACGAUCAUGAAAAAAAUCCCAAGAAACUGUUAUUUUUUUGAACUUUUCUGAACGAUGGUAGUCUAAUUGAAAGUAAUUUUUAUCCAUUUACAUUGUCCAAAUGCACCUAGAUCCUUUAUUAUCUAUUUUUUGCUGUCCGAAAAAAGCUCCCUUCAAUAAUUCGAAUUUUCAAAAGUUUUAUUCAACAAUUUAUUUCCCUGUAACCCUGACCUUUAUCGGGCGAAACUAAUUUAGAUGCAAUUGAAAAAUUAAAACCUUGAUUUUCAAAAAAUUUCAAGAUUCAAGAAAAAUCCUCUCCAGAGGGAAUUUCGUUUUUUUGAAAACGUACCGAUUCUUCAAUUUAUUUUUUUGAUUUGUUACUUUUUGAAACGUUAAAAUACAAAAAGCUUUUUUUCUAUCGAUUUCGGUUACAUAGCCGGAAUUUUAACUGUUCAAAUCAAAAAUCAUUUCCAAAAAAAUUUUUUUAAUUUUUUUAUCUGUUUCAGAGCAGCCGCCGGAAAGAUUGA